UCCUAAAACAAGUAUAAAUAUCAAGCAAGCAUCCCCUUGGUUUCAACUUCAAGAACUAGGUUUUGCAGGUCCUUUGCUUUUGAUUAUAAUGACAAGAGCUUCUUCAUUGGUGUCACAGAUUAUGCUCCAAAUUAUCCAAAGUCCUUCCCUUCCUCUCUUCACUUCUCUGGUGCUCCUUGUUGUCCUUGCUAUAUACUGGAAGAGAUUUAGAAGCCAUACUUGUCCAAUUGAUCUUAGGUUGCCUCCUGGGCCAUGGAAGCUACCUCUGGUUGGAAACUUGCACCAGUUGGCUGGCUCUUUACCACAUCAUUGCCUGACAGACUUGGCCAAGAAGUAUGGGCCUAUCAUGCACCUCAAACUGGGACAAGUAUCAACCAUAGUCAUUUCAUCACCACAGUUAGCUGAAGAGGUGUUGAAGAUAAACAAGGCCGCUUUCUCCGAACGGCCAGCGCUUAUCGCUGCUGCAAUCUUUUCCUACAAUUGUGCAGGUCUCAUCUUUGUUCCUGAUAAUGAUCACUGGAGAGAAAUGAGAAAGGUUUGCAUGCUUGAGCUCCUGAGCGCGAAACGGGUGCGGUCUUUUGCAUCAAUAAGAAACGAAGAGGCAUCGAGUCUAGUUCAGUCAAUCUCCUUAUCUGAGGGUCAGCCUGUCAAUCUUAGCGACUUGAUCUUCAACAUGCAGAAUUGCAUUCCUGCCCGUGCAGCCUUGGGGAAAAAAUGCAAACAUCAACAAGAAUUUAUAUCAUUGGUGGACUUUGAUCUGCCUGAUCUCUUCCCUUCGCUUAAGUUCCUCCGUUAUGUCACUGGUUUGAAGCCUGCCUGGGAGAAAAUACACCGAAAGAUGGACAGGAUUCUAGAGGAAGUCAUCAAUGACCAUAGAGAGAAAAGAAAGGCCGCCUUUGCAUCAUUAAGCAACAAAAAUAACAAAGAAUCAUGCCAUCAGGAAGAAGAAGAAGAAGAAGAAGAUCUAGUUGAUGUGCUUCUACAACUCCAGGAGUCUGGUGAACUCCAAAUUGAUCUCACAAACACCAUAAUCAAAGCUGUCACGCUGGACUUGUAUUUUGCUGGAAGUGAGACUGUAGCGGCUACCACAGAAUGGGCAAUGUCAGAACUUGUGAGAAAUCCUAGAGCAAUGGAGAAAGCACAGGCGGAGGUACGCCACGUUGUUGCAGGACUGGGAAAUGAGAAAAAACUUGAAGAUGAAGACAUGAAGAAGCUAGACUACUUGAAGCUGGUGAUAAAAGAAACUCUACGAUUACACCCUCCUCUUCCCUUAAUCCCAAGGCAAUUAGCUGAAGCAGAUGAUGAUGAUCAAAGCGGCUUAUUAUUCCAUAAAAUUGACGGGUACGAUAUACCAAGUAAAUCGAGAGUGUUAAUCAAUGCUUGGGGGAUAGGGAGAGACCCUCAAUACUGGGAAAAUCCUGAUUGCUUUAUGCCUGAGAGAUUCCAAGGUAGUCGGGUUGAUUUUAGAGGGAACGACUUCAAAUUUAUUCCAUUUGGGGGAGGUAAGAGAAUGUGUCCAGGCAUAUUAUUUGGAACUACAUCCGUCGAGCUUGCACUUGCUCAACUGCUCUACCACUUUAACUGGAAACUCCCUCCACAUUCCCCUCCUGUUGUGUUAAAAAAUGCCAUUAAUGCCACUGAAGAAGAAGAAGAACAAGAGCAGCAGCAACAGCUUCAGCUUGACAUGACGGAAUCUAUCACGUUGGCUGCUGUCAAGAAGAAUGACUUGUAUGUUAUCGCCAUUCCUUUCAUUCCCUGAUGAUCACUACACUACAUACAACGUUGUUGUCGCUGCUGCUGUUGGUGUUUAUAAGUGGUUUUCUUUUUAUUUUGUGCCAUAUCAUGUGGUAGAUAUGCGUGAGUUGUCAUCUCAUCUGCCACAUAAGUUAGUGUCAUCAACAUGGUAAAUAAGAUCUAUUGUUUAUGACAUGUCAUCAACAAGUUAUGAGUUGAAGUGGAGUGCUUCUCAGGGGUCCUUUUCAAUAUUGUUUUGUGUUUCCUCCUCCGUGUUCUCUUCUGGCUUCUGCUAUUGGUAUGACUUGCAGUUUGUGUGGGUGUCAAAGGACUACCAGUUUGCUCAUCAACGGCUUCCUUUAACAGUUGGGAUGUUUUGCGGUCCUCUCAUGUGGGUCUACUGUUGCGGUUCUCGUCAGGGGUCUUUCUAUUAGUUUUCGUUUUUGAUUUGUUCUUUAUUGUAUCUAAAUCGGACUCUCUUAUUUGUUCAUAACAUGUGUGGUACUCUUUCCUCCCAUAGGGUUUGUCCCAUGAGGAUGUCCUAUGAAGGUUUUAACGAGGCCACCGUACUGUGUCGCUCUUUGUAUGCCUUUGGUUUUAUAAAUAAAUUCUCUUUCUAAAACAAA